UGCAUCUACCCUGCAUGGUAUUCCGUGUCACAGACAUCAGACAGAGCCACGCUCGUGAUGAACAGUCAUAUUUCACAUAUGAAGUCAAGGCAAAUGGGCUACGUGAUCUCUCAAUAAAAACGAAGGAGAAGCUCAAGGAGUUUUGGCCGGAACGACACAUUCGGACGGAGGUAUUCCUUGUCCGCCCGUGGAACCGUGAUCUCCUCAGGCUACCUGCGUUGGCAGAAGAAACGCAGAGCGUUGAGGACGCAUCCGAUCCCCAGUCUGCAUUGCCAGAUCUGUCCGGCGGGUUUCCUGGAGAAAAAGGAACGAUUGAUCUGGAUUCUUACACACAAGCGUUGCGAUUGAUCGUUCGCCUUCAGCAGCAAUUCAAUGCCUUGUUGCUAUACGAGCAGCAGAUUGGAGAAUAUAAGAGGACUGCAUCGGAUCGCGAUAUCAUUGCGCACGUUACAGAAAUGCAGAACAUGAUGGACGUGAGAACACUAGAGAUAUUGUAGAUUCUGAAGGACAGAUCACCUUCAAGUUGACAGUGCAUGUACACUGACGUAUUUCUCGUAUCGUAUUCUAGCUCACGACAUGUCUAUAUCAUAUGUGCAUCAUUGACAGCAAUGAAUGCACCUAUCAGGAUUAUCUUCAUUUAGUGCGCCAACGUUAACUUAUGUAAAGUAUGGUCGUUGGCAUUCAAAUACAUUUUC